UAUAAUUUAUGUAGAUUAAUGUAGUUUGUGAUUUUCUUUCAGUGCAUUCAAUGAGUGAUUUUCUUUCCAUUAUUAAAGUAUUGUCAUUAUAUUAUUGUUAGUUUUUUAAAAAUUGUAUAGUUAGAGUGACAAAAAAAUACAAAAAUGCCUACAUAUGAAAUGCCCUUAUUGCUGCGAAUCAUGAAAAAGCCGGAAUUGGUAACAGCUUUAAAGAGAACAGCUGAAACGAUAUUUAAUACUGGUGGUUUUAUCAGAAAAAUUGAAAAUUGCGGAGUAAUACCACUUCCAUGCAAAACUAACGCACAUGGACACGUUCAUCGUGAAGCAAACCAUUUUUUAAUAUAUUUUGAUGUACCAUCAAAUGAAGUAGACAAAAUCAUAGAUAAAUAUAAUAGAGAUAUCGAUAUCGUUAAAUCAAAAAUAUUCAAACAAAACAAACCUAAUAACACAAAAUGUACGUUCCAUGAAGAAAUGUUACCACCACCUUACAGACCUAACGUCCAAAAACUUAUGGAAAUGGUAAAGAAGCAGAAUCAUAAUAAACACGAAUUUAAAUACAACAAUGGAUUGGAUUAUUAUCCUUUUAAUAAAUAACUGAAUGUAUAUAUGUUGUACAUAUUUCUUUUAUUGUAGUAUAUCACACAUUUAUAUUAAAAUAAAAUAUUUUAGAAAA